UGUUCCCGUGAGGGAGACGGAGAUAAUUUCCCGGGGAAGGAAAGAGGUACCAACUGCGAACUGAUGCAGUUCCGUAACCAAUUAAUAUCCAAACGACCGUUAUUCCUAUGUAAUUUGAGGAUUCGAGCUGCAACAAGAGAUGGGUUCUUCACAGAAACUCUUGAAAUCUACCACUCAAUGCUUAAAUCCGGGGUUCAUGGUAAUAGCUUCACUUUUCCUUUGAUCUUAAAGGCUUGUGCAAGGCUGGGUUCGCUGCGAAAUGGUAUGCAGAUUCAUGCCCAUGCAUUUCUAAUGGGGUUUCAAGGUGAUGCUUUUGUCCAGACAGCUUUGGUCGAUAUGUAUGCCAAAUGCUCAAACUUGACUGCUUCCCGCCGAGUAUUUGAUGAAAUGCCCGUUAGAAGCUUAAUUUCUUGGAAUUCAAUGAUAUCUGCAUACUGCAAUUGGCUUCUAAUAAACGAAUCACUUAGACUACUUAAACAAAUGCAGGUUCUUGGUUUCCAGCCAAACUCGAGCACAUUCGUGAGCAUUGUCUCAAGUUGCUAUGGUUCAGGUUGGGCACUUCAAGAAGGCUGUUCAGUACAUUGUUAUGCGAUUAAGCUUGGGUUAGAUUAUGAUUUGCUUCUUUCCAAUUCGAUUAUGAGUAUGUAUUUGCAGUAUAAUCAACUAAAUUCUGCUUGCUCUGUGUUCUAUUCAAUGGAUGUGAAAUCUGUCAUUUCCUGGACAACAAUCAUUGGUGGGUAUGUGCACAUUGGGGAUGUUGGCAAAGCUUUCUAUCUUUUCAACCAGAUGCGGCACAAUCUACUUAGUCCAGAUUCUAUUUCGUUAAUAAAUCUCACUCUCGGUUGUACCCAAUUGGAGAGUUUGUUAGCACUUUCCUCAGUUCACGCACUCAUACUCAAAAGUGGGUGGAAUCAUGAAUAUCCAAUUCAAAGCUCUCUUAUUAGCAUAUAUGGAAAAUGUGGAGAUCUUAUAUCUGCUCAAAGGAUUUUUGAUUUAGCAGAUGAUAAAAAUGUGGUAUUAUGGACAUCAAUGAUUAAUGGAUACGUUCACUCUGGGCAUCCUAGUGAAGCACUUGAUCUUUUUAAGAGAAUGUUGUUGACAGGUGUUAGACCGAACAAAGUAACAUUAGCUAUUGUGCUCUCUGCUUGUGCUGAUUUAGGGUCACUUAGCAUGGGUGAAGAGGUGGCACAGUACAUUAGAUUGAAUGGAUUAGAGGCUGAUUUGCACAUUCAGACCUCAUUAAUCUACAUGUAUUGCAAGUGUGGAAACAUAACAAGUGCAAAGGAAGUAUUUGAUAGGAGCUCCGAUAAAGAUUUAGCUUUGUGGAGUUCCAUGAUAUAUGGUUAUGCAAUCCAUGGUAUGGGAGAAGAAGCUCUUAAUCUCUUUCAGAGGAUGCAGAGGGAAGAAGGAAUUAAGCCAGAUGAAAUUGUUUACACAAAUGUAUUAUUAGCUUGCAGUCAUUCUGGCUUGGUAGAUGAUGGACUGAAGUAUUUUAAAAGCAUGCAGUGCGAUUUUGGGAUAGAACCUAGUAUAGAACAUUAUUCAUGUCUAGUUGAUCUUCUAGGUCGGUCUGGACAGUUGGAUGUAGCUUUGAAAACCAUACAAGAAUCACCUGUUCAAGCAAAUUCUCAAAUUUGGGCUCCAUUAUUGAGUGCAUGCAGGAUCCAUCUCAAUAUCCAGCUUGGGGAGUCUGUAGCUAAGCUAUUAUUUGAUAUGGUGCCUCAUGUCACUGGAAAUUAUAAAGUGUUGGCAAGCAUGUAUGGUAAUAUAGGGAAAUGGGAGAAUGCAGCAGCUACAAGAAGGUUGAUAAAUGAUAGAGUGGUUGUAAAGGAAGCUGGAUGGAGCCUGGUUGAGGUCAAUGUGUUUGAUGAUGUUUCUUCGUUGGAAAUCAAUUGAACCAUUGGUUAAUCGAUAUUUAUAAGAAGGUAGAGGAGCUAAACGUGGAACCUAGAGAACAUUGGCAUGUUCAGAAACAGAGAUGGUGAUGUGUGACUUGAAUUAGGAAGAAGGAGCAGUUAAGAAGUAUUUUAGUAAGGAAGUUAUCAUGCUUAGCCUGCUCAGUGCAAUCAAAUAUCAUUUUCAGGGUCAUGGAGCAUAUGAAUGUUUGUUACAAACUUACAAUUGUUUUCCAUGUACCAGGGUUUCUCUUGAAUAUGACUGUGACCUCUUGCUCUGAGAAAUUCCUGCUGCUUUCAACAUUUUGAGUGUGAUCCAUUUCAUAUGGUACCCCUAUAUCACUGGCAGUUAUAAAUUGUUAGCUAGCAUGUAAAGUAAUAAAGGGAAGUGGGAAAACACAACAGCUAUAGGAGGUUGAUAAAUGAUAGAGGAAUUGCAAAGGAAUCUGGAUGAAGCCAGGUUGAGGUGAAUGGCUCUAAUGAUGUUUCUUCACUGGAAAUCAGUCAAACCAUUGACUAGUCAAUAUUUAUAAGAAGGUAGAGGAGUUAAAUGCUGAACUUAAAGAACUUUGACAUGAUGUUUCAGAAACACAGAUGGUGAUGCAUGAUUCGAAGUAGGAAGAGAGAGCAGUUAUGAAGUAUAUUGUGAGGGUCGGGUCAUGCUUGGUCUUCUUAGUACAAUCAAAUAUCAUUGAAGCCUGAAUGCUGAAGUGUGAUCCAUGCUUGGUCUGCACCAGGGUUUCUCUUGAGUAUCAUUUUAUUGCCUCUUCCUUUGUUGCAAAACUAUAAGUCAAUCAUCUCAUAUAACCAUCAUCAUCAUGAGAGUGGUGAAUAAAGAGGCAGAGAACACUUUUAAGUUACCUGCAAUUAUUUUGCUUAUGGGAGACCUUUCAGGUCGUAAAGCAGUGUGGAGGCAGAGACAGUUAUGUGCCAACAGUGAUGGCCUCAAAUUAAAAAGUGGAAAUGGAUGCUGAAAAAUAAAUUCUAUUUAUCAGUUCAAGAGAAGAGGUGGGAUGACAGCUUGAACCCUUACAGCAUAUUUUUGGAUUUCUUCUUAUUUAGUUAGUUAUCUAUUCAUCUGUAUAUUCCUAGAUUAGCAAGUCAUAUAGCUCGUGAUACAACUCUGAAUGCAGCUUUGGUAGAGGGUUCUGAUAUUGUUUUUGGAACCUUGGACUUAUUCAUAGAGUUGGUCCAUAUAAGGGUGGCACAAUGGCUGAAAUCCUUGGACUUGUUCAUAGAUUUCACUUUGGAUGACCUGUUGAGAAAUUGGAAAGAGAUAGCAAAUUCUGCCCAGAUUAAGAGCGUUCCAAGUCCUUGGACCUCUCCCCCUCUGGCUUCAUAAAACUGAAUUUCGAUGGCAAUAGCAUUGGGAAUCUAGGGCCAUCAGGUAUUGGGGGAGUUUUCAGGAAUGAGGAAGGGAAUGUGUUAGCCAUUUACUCAGGCCGAAUUGGAGAAGGUGACUCUCUCAGGGCUGAGAUCUUUGUGACCUUGGAUGGAAUCCAAAGAGCAAGAGAAUUGAACAUUAGGAGGCUGGUAAUUGAAGGUGACUCAGAGGUGAUAAGAUGGUUAAAGGAAGACAAGACUGGAAUGUGGAAGUAUAGCGAUGAAAAGAAAAAAAAAAUCAACUGACUGGAUAAGGACAUUGAGAUAAAAUGCAGCUGGUGAAAAGAAA